UACUAUAUAUUGAAAAGGAGAGGGAGCUUCAAUGUAUGUAAAUAAUUCUUCAGGACAGCUUCUAAGUUUUCUUGCCUGUGUGUGUCUCAAUGGUCUCAACGGUUUCAACUGAAAAGGAAGGUUCUAUCUUUGAUAUGUAAAAUAUUGCUUUGUUGCAAUUGUUUUAUUGUUGAAGCGAGGUAGUUAUGUGCAACUUAACCUAUCGCAGCAUAGUAACAUACAUAUUCUUCAAAUAAAGGAUCUGCAAACAAUGGAACAUCAUUGUAAUUGUGGCAGUACACACGAUACAACAGAAUUAGGUGUCAAUUAUAAUUUAUAUGAAAAAAUAGAUAAAGAUAGAGUACAAUGUUUAAAUGAAGAUGAGGAAGGUAGUGGUGCAAAAGUCUUCAAAACAUGGGAAAAUAGAUUAGAUAAAUCAGAGUAUGUCCAAAGUGACAUAGAUCCUGAACUCCUGUUCAAUAUACCUUUCACAGGAGAUGUAAAAUUAAAGGGGCUUAUUAUAAUCGGAGAUGAGGAUUAUUCACCCAAAACAGUAAAACUGUACAAAAAUCGACCACACAUGGUAUUCGAUGAUGUAAAUACUAGCCCGGAACAAGAAUUUGAGUUAAUCACAGAUUUAUAUGGAGUCCAUGAAUAUCCUGUGAGAACAGUAAAAUUUUCAUCGGUACAGCAUUUAAGUCUUCACUUUGUUGGUGAUCAAAGUAUGGAACAAAUUAAAAUUUAUUAUAUUGGUCUCAAAGGAGAAUGGACUCCAACUCAUAAACAUGGCGUGACUAUUUGUACAUAUGAAGCACGUCCCUUAAUUAGUGAUCAUCCAAGUGAUUUUAAUGAAAUUAGCAGAGUGAUUAAAUGAUAUUUUGAUUGAAAUCUAUUUUUGAAAUCUUGAUCAUAAACAUAGGAAACAAAUAAUAUUGAAAAGAUACUAUUAUAAUGUACUGUAUCCUGUUGUGGAAAUUCGUACAAAUAUGAAAUAUUUUAAUGAAAAUCCUGUAAUAAUAAGAAAUUUUGGUAACAGUUUUAUUUCAAUUACAUUUAUAUCGUUCAUAUUCUUAUUGGAAUUAUGUAAUCUAUGAUAAGAAAUGUACAUUAAAGAGUUUACUUACUUAGCAAA